CUGAACAGAAAACCAAACCCCUCCAAGACCCAAAGAGAGCAGAGAAAUCGGCAAAAGCCAGUGGAAAAGUUUGAUGGGACUGCUGAAGAUAGCCCCAUGCCUCUGAGUCCGGCUGCUGACACCAAACAUGAUCGCCCACGCCAGCAGGCGGUUACUAACGGCAACCCCGCAGGCUCUGCUGUCGCCAGGGACGACGACGCAGACGACACACCCCCUGGAAACAGCGUCGUGGUCCGCAUCGGCAUCCCGGACCUGCAGCAGACGAAGUGUUUGCGGUUGGACCCAGAGUUACCAGUUUGGACCAGUAAGCAGAAGGUUCUGGUGACGUUGACACAGUCUCUGUCGGAUGUUUUGAACUAUGGUCUCUUCCAGCCGGCGUUCAACGGCCGAGCCGGAAAGUUUCUGGAUGAGGAGCGACUGCUGAAGGAGUAUCCUCUUCCCCCCAUCACACCCAUCCCAUAUUUAGAGUUUCGUUAUAAAAGGAGAGUUUAUACUCAGAGUUACGUUGAUGACAAGCAGCUGGCAAAGCUGCACACAAAGGCCAAUCUGAAGCGCUUUAUGGAACAUGUUCACCAGAAAAAUGUGGAGAAAGUUUCCAAAUGGUUGGAAAAAGGUCUGGACCCCAACUUCCAUGAUUCGGACAGCGGAGGUGAGCAGGAGCAGACCCUGCUGGACCUCGGGGCGUCUCCGGACUACAAGGACAGCAGAGGUCUCACGCCGCUCUACCACUCCUCCAUGGUGGGCGGCGCCCCCUACUGCUGCGAGCUGCUACUACAGGACCACGCCAGCAUCGGCAUCACGGACGAAAACGGCUGGCAGGAAAUCCACCAGGCGUGUCGCUAUGGUAACGUGCAGCACUUGGAGCACCUGCUGUUCUACGGCGCCGACAUGAGUUCCCAGAAUGCCUCAGGAAACACCGCACUGCACCUCUGCGCUCUGUACAACCAGGACAGCUGUGCCAGAGUUCUGCUUUUCAGAGGAGCCAAUAAGGACAUCAAGAACUACAACAACCAGACUGCUUUUCAGGUGGCGAUCAUCGCGGGGAACUUUGAACUCGCCGAAAUCAUCAAGAUCCACAAAGGCUCUGAUGUUGUUCCCUUCAGAGAAACGCCCUCCUACACCAAGCGCCGGCGAGCCGGAGCCACCAGGACGGCGGCGGGGAACGGGCUGUCGUCUCCCCGCUCCCUGAUUCGCUCAGCCAGUGACAACGCCCUGGAGAGCCCCGCCUCCUCGCCCGGCCCCUCCCUCCAGAGCCUGGAGACGCACCUCGACUCGCACACACACUCGCUCCGCCGCCACACGCGCCGCCUCAGCCCGAGCGGCCGAGGCCAUGCGGAAACAAGCCCCCCCUCCUCGCCGCCCAUCACGCCUCAGCUGAGGAAGAGGAGGCUGUACAGCGCCGUGCCCGGGCGCACCUUCAUCGCCACCCGCUCACACGUACCGCAGGGACCCGGAGAGAUCCAGCUGCACCGGGGGGAGCGGGUCAAAGUGCUGUCCAUAGGUGAGGGCGGGUUCUGGGAGGGAACCGUUAAGGGCAGAACCGGCUGGUUUCCUGCCGACUGCGUGGAGGAAGUCCAGAUGAGGCAAUACGACCCCCGACUGGAGACCCGGGAGGACCGCACCAAGAGGCUGUUCAGACACUACACCGUGGGGUCCUACGACAACUACACCUCCUACAGCGACUACGUGAUCGAGGAGAAGACGGCCGUCCUGCAGAAGAGGGAGAGCGAAGGCUUCGGCUUCGUCCUCAGAGGAGCUAAAGCUGAGACCCCCAUCGAGGAGUUUGCCCCCACACCGGCGUUUCCUGCUCUGCAGUACCUGGAGUCGGUGGAUCAGGGGGGCGUGGCCUGGAGGGCAGGGCUUCGGACCGGGGACUUCCUCAUAGAGGUGAACGGGAGCGAUGUGGUGAAGGUGGGCCACCGGCAGGUGGUGUCUCUGAUCCGACAGGGAGGAAGCCGCCUGCUGAUGAAAGUCGUCUCAGUUUCCAGAAAGUCUGAAUCCAACCUGAUCAGAAAGAAAGCUCCGCCCCCUCCAAAACGAGCCCCCAGUACAUCGCUGACGCUCCGAUCCAAGUCCAUGACAGCUGACCUGGAGGACAUAGCCAGGAGGAGACGCUAUGAGAAACUGGAUGAGAUGCUGGCCGGUGGUCAGCAGGAAGUGGUUCUGAGGGGCCGCCCAUCAGACGACUUCAGGGCAGCAACGGUCAAACAGAGGCCGACCAGCCGGCGCAUCACUCAGGCCGAGAUCAACUCGCUGUUUGAGCGGCAGGGCCUGGUUCCCCCCUCGGCUCCAGAGAAGAGCACCAUGGCUUUACCCCGAGGGAUGUCCAGAACCAAGAGCUUUGGCACACCGGAGGACGACAGGAUAACGGCCCUGAUCAACGAGAGCCGCUUCCCACGCAGCUCCUCGCUAACGGACAGCUUCAUCCCCCCCCCCUCCCCAGACGGCCCCGCCCCCUCCCCCCUCCGCCUCCACCUCCCCGCUCUUCCUCCUGGACUCGGGCCCCCCUCCCUCCUUCCUCCCCCCUCCUCCCCCGGCGCGGGGGGAGGGCUUGACCCGCUCCAGCUUCAAGCCGGGGGCGGAGCCUCGGCUGCAGGAGCUGACACGGCCACGCCCCUCCAGCCCGCCGAGGCCCACACCGCCACACACACCGCCACACACACCGCCACACACACGCUGCACACCGCCACACACACCUCCACGCUGUCCCUCCACAGCACCAGCCCCGCCCUCGGACACUCGCCGCUGUCCCGCCGCAGGGGCCGCCCGAUAGAAAACCCCUACGCUAACGUGGGACAGCAGGCCCCGCCCACCAAGCCCCAGAGGAGGAAGUCGCCGCUGCUGAAGCAACUUCCUGUAGAGGAGCAGGGUUUGGGAAUGAAAGACCACGAUCCGUCCAGGUUGGAUGUGGGCCCCAGCCGGGCGGAGCUGUACCAGCAGCAGGUUCUGUCGGAGCGGGCCCGGGUUCAGGGCCGCCGCUCCUCCCUCUUCCUGUCUGUGGAGGGGGCGGGCUGCCCCCCCCCCGCUCCAGUCCUAUCGCCCUCACCAACGCCCCACACCUUCCUCCACCCCCUGACCGGGAAACCUCUGGAUCCCUCGUCCCCGCUCGCCCUGGCUCUGGCUGCCCGAGAACGAGCGCUCACCGCUCGCACGCCGAGCCCCGAGCCUCGAACUAAGCACGCCUCUGCUUGCACCACCCCCAUUCCCACCCCGGCCGCCAGCCCAGAGGGACGCCACAAGCGCACGCCUAUCACCACCCCGCAGAGCAGCCCCGAGCCUCGCUCCAAACGCACCACCCCUCAGACCAGCCCGGAGCAACGAACCAAGCGCACCACUCCCCAAACCAGCCCCGAGCUGCGUCACAAACGCAUCACCCCCCCGCUGUUCCCCGACGGGCAGGUGGAGCGCCCCGAGACCGAGGGGGGGGUGACCUCGCCCGCCGGGCCCUCCCCGGAGAGGUGGAGGCCCUCGGCUCUGCCCCCAUUGGUCAACGAGAACCACUCGGCUUUGAUUGACAGGCGCAGGAGCCUCACGGUGGGCAGCUCUGAGGAGGAGGGCGGGGCUUACACCGUCACCCUGCCCCCCGCCCUGCUGUCCUCCAGUGAUGAGGAGACCCGGGAGGAGCUGCGCCGCAUCGGCCUGGUGUCCCCCCCCCCUGCGUUUGCCAGCCCCCCCGCCCCUCCUCCCCCCUCCUCCCUCACUCUGUUGCCACGGCGAGGGGGAGAGGGGGGAGGAGAGAGCGGCCCCGACUCUCUGGGUAGAAGAGGAGAAGAAGAAGAAGGAGCCCCGGACAGCUCCUCCUCCCCCAGCUCCCUCCCCCCAUCCAUCACCCUGGCCUCCCCCCCGGUGCCCACCUCCCCCUCCUCCCCCCCGGCCACUCACCAGUCCCCCUCCUCAGCGGCCACCUCGCCCUCAGCCCUGAAGCCCCGCCUCCGCUCUCCCAUUGGCCGCGGGCGCUCGGCCCUGCGGGACCCGCUGCUGAAGCAGUCCUCCGACAGCGAGCUGCUCCCCUCCGCCGCCUCCUGCUCCUCCCCCUCCUCCCCCCUCUGCUCCUCCCCCACCGCCGGCAGCAGCCGCCAGCCCCGCUACCUGUUCCAGAGGCGCUCCAAGCUGUGGGGGGGCGGGGACGACGAGCGGAGGGGCUUCGGCCCCGAGGACGGGGGCCGGCCGGCGGCGUUGGGGGGGCAGGGCUCCGGGUCGGCGGCGGACCUCAGCGGGCGCUCGGCGUCCGCCCUGGAGCUGAGCGGGCGGGCGGGGUCAGGCCUGGACCUGAGCGGGCGGGCGGGGUCAGGCCUGGACCUGAGCGGGCGGGCGGGGUCAGGCCUGGAGCUGGCCAACCGGCUCCAGCUGCUCAACAAGGACAGCCACUCCCUGGGGGAGGAGCCCAGCCCCCUGGACCCGGGCCGCAGGUCCCCGGUGGGCGGAGCCAGGUUGUUCUCCAGCCUGGGGGAGCUCCACACCAUCUCCCAGCGGGGAUUCGGCGCCAGUUACACAGUCCGACCAGGAAGCCGCUACCCGGUCACCCGCAGAAGCCCCUCCCCUUCCCCCUCCCCCUCCGACCGGCCGGCGGGCCCCGCCCCCACCUCCGAGAGGCCCGACCUGAGCUCGGGCCGAGGCCUGACCAUCCUGAAGUCGUCCAGCCUCAGCCUCCCGUCGGAGCCCAAGGAGGUGCGCUUCGUGAUGCGGAGCGCCAGCGCGCGGACCCGCUCCCGCUCGCCCUCGCCCUCCCCCCACGCCUCCCCCUGCCCCUCGCCGGUGCUCAGCGGGCCCCUGCUGGCCCUGCGGCCCUGGAGGCAGCGGCCCCUCAACCUGUGGAACAAGUACGACGUGGGGGACUGGCUGGAGAGCAUGGGCCUGGCCGAGCACCGCCAGCGCUUCCAGGAGCACGAGAUCGAGGGCUCCCACCUGCCCGCCCUCACCAAGGAGGACUACGUGGAGCUGGGGGUCACCAGACUGGGCCACCGGAUCAACAUCGAGAGGGCCCUCAGACAGCUGCUGGACGGCUCCACUUGA